AUGCUCCUGCAACGCCCCAGCAUAGAUGACUUCCAUAUUAGUGCCGUUGGCUCGUGGGUAGGUAUUCAGACCUAACGAUGCGUAAGGUCGAUAAUUGCAGCAAAGAUCGACGUCACAUAAACUUGACGAAUACCUGUCCCGAGAUUGCGGGCUGAAUAGACCAAGUUCUGGGUUAGUGCCUAGGUACCUAUGCUUUUGAACCCAGUUCUUGGAUCUAAGUCCAGCCCACUGGGACUGGGUGGCCUUCCGUUCUAAUCUCAGUAACCCCCAAAGCCCAAGACGUGCCUCGAAAUUAGGUGGACCCCCUUCUCAGACGUUGUCUUACACGCCCUCUUCCAGUAUGGCAUCAUCACAUAUUUCAGUGUGUUCCCAUUCGUCUAUCUAUAUAAUAUCACUCUUUGUUGAUCUUAUCAGCCCCGGUCAACAUGUCCGCGACCUUACACCAAAGUUGAAUCUCAUAUACUCCCUCUCCUCCCGACGCUCGGCUUCGAGGUCUUUGUUCUUGUUCUGCUGUCAUUCCAACAUACCCUUUCAAGAUGUCCAAAGUCACCAUGACUCCGGUCCUGGCGGCGACGGCGGCCGCCUCGUUCUUAUAUGCGCGUCAGGCUGAACUGCCAAUUGCCUCAGUGGUCGCAACGUCGCUGGCUGUUGUGCUUCCUCUAUACGUUGUCGUCUGGCUUAGCUGGAUAUUUCCCUUCUAUGUGUCCGAACUGAGACAUGUACCGACUGUACCGGGCUUCCCUCUCUGGGGCCAGUUCUUCGAUAUCAUCACGCAAGAAUGUGGUGUGCCUCAGCGGAACUGGCAUCAGCAGCACGGUUCUAUCGUCAGAUACUUCUUCCCUUUCGGUGCGGAACGUCUUUCUGUUGCCGACGAUGAAGCCCUCAAGCAGAUGACUGUCAAGAACCCUUACAACUACCCUAAGCCUGUCCGCGCCAAGCUUUGGAUGGUCCGCAUCCUGGGUGAGGGCGUUCUACUCGCCGAGGGGCAAGAGCAUGCUCACCAACGCAAGUCCCUCGCUCCGGGCUUUUCGAUCCAGUCCAUCCGUGCACUCGCUCCGGUCUUCUGGGAGAAGUCGCUUCUUCUAGCCAAGUGCUGGCGCGAGGAAAUGGCUGCUGAGGGGGUCACGACCAAGUCUUUUGAGGUACUCGAGUGGCUCAACAGAACUACACUGGAUAUCAUUGGCAGCGCCGGCUUCGGAUACGAAAUUGGCUCGCUGCGCAACCCCGAGACGCCUAUUCGCGAGGCCUAUCGCCUCGUCUUCGCUUUUGAUAUUGGAUCUCGUAUUAUGCACGGAAUUCAAGCCUUCAUCCCUGCCUCCAAGUACCUCCCUUCCAAGAUGAACCAGGACAUGCAGACUUCUCGAAGCAUUAUUCUAGACAAAGCUACCGAGAUUAUUACCGAGAAGCAAGCGCAAGCAGAGAACAACACCGGUGGCAAGGAUAUUAUUGCUCUUAUCGCCCGUGAUAACAAAAAGAUGAAGGCUAUGGGAGAAGCUGGUCUUUCCUUUGAAACCAUGCGCGACCAGAUCAUGACCUUCCUGGGUGCUGGUCACGACACUACAGCAACUGGUGUAGCCUGGACUAUCCACUUGUUGUCCACCCACCCCGAGAUCCAGUCCCGCCUUCGCGAAGAGAUCAAAGACUUCAUGCCCUUCCUAUUUGACAAAGAAUCCCGCUUUGACCCCGAAACAAUUGCCACUGCCGACCCCGAUCAGCUCCCUUACCUCGACAACGUCUGCCGUGAAUCAUUGCGCUACAUCCCUCCUAUCCCUAUGACAGUGCGGCAAUCCCUCGCCGACGACCAGCUUGGCCCUUACAAGGUUCCUGCCGGUAGCGUUAUUUACGUCCUUGCAAAUGCCAUCAACCGGUUACCGAUGUACUGGGGCCCUAACGCCGAUGAGUUUGACCCAGAUCGGUGGGAUGACCUACCCAAGACAUUCACUGCCAAUGCGUUUAUGACUUUCCUUCAAGGCCCGCGCGGUUGCAUCGGCCGCAAGUUCGCGGAGAUCGAAAUGAAGAUUCUGCUAUGCUGCUUGCUCAGCAUGUACGAAUUCAAGCGUGACUUUGACACGCCUGAUCCCGAAGAGUGGAAGAUGUGGCGAUUAGUACUACGACCAAAGGAGGGCGUCACCGUCAAGGUUACCGCCAUCUGAAAUGCAUGAACCAUACUCUGCCACUUAUUAACAAUUAAUUCGUAAUUUUUCAUACCGUAUAUACAUGGAGAUAAUUGGGAAAUUGAGAAGUCGGAAACAAGGACUGGCUCUCUGUUGGUGGCUACGGUGUUGCUACAUACCUAGGUAUUCAUGUUUAAAGUCUGUAAGACAUGUAAAUGAAGGCAGUCAAAUUAGCAUGGUUGGGCACUUAUGAGAUGUAUGUAUGGAUUACAAUAACUACCUAUUUAAAAGUUCAUCACCAUUAUUAUGCCUUACGGGUGAAAUAAUUGUUAUCCACGAAAAAACUAAUCUACAUCAAUUCCGAUGUUUCUACGCGCCUGUGGUAUUGUCAAGGUCCUUCCGAGGUCAUGUUGUGAGCACCUAAUA